CCCUUCGCCAAAUUUUUGUAUCGUUUGGUGUUUAUCUCGGAUAUCACGCAACACACCGGCACCGUGAGAGCCGGCGUGGGCGACCAGUUUGUAUACGUACGAUGGGGUCGGUCAAUCCGGACAAUAUUGUACAGUUACCGGACGAGACUGGCGGAUGUAGUCGGUCAUCCACUGAUGUCUGCUGUGUCUGCGGUCGAUCGACCAUUGGCCACGGGCUGCUGUACGGCGGCAAAGUGUGUAACAGCUGUGCGGCAUUCUUUUUACGGGCAUCAAAAGUUCUCCCGCAGUACAGUUACAAGUGCGCAUUAUACAACAUGUGCCCGACACCAGCCAGCGCGAAACCCAUGUGCAAAGCCUGCCGAUUGCGUAAGUGUCUGGCAGCCGGGAUGAAAUUGAACCCCCGCACGCGCACGGCAGUGCAGCAAGUGACUGCAGUCCCUUCCGCAGCAGCAUCUAGCCAGUCCGACCCGCAACGGGCCCCGGGUGAGUUCUUCGAUCCGUUCAAUCAUGAGAAACUCGUUUGGCCGACAAUACAGAGAAAUCCAAGAGGCAGACAUCUGCGACAAGUACCACGCAUUCUAAUGAUUCUGUACAAGUGUAUUAAAUACCGGCGAACCUGGUUCCACGGCGUUCUUGAGACAGUGUGGCGCUUGCAAGAGAAAUACAGCUGCUGUUUCAGAUGUUGGAGAAUGCUCGUCACGUGAGCGCCAUUCCGGAGGCGUCUCACACGCUGCCGCCACGUCCGCGCCCAUCCCCAGCACGAGUGCCUGUGCAGUGGAGAAAGGCCGAUUUAGUGCGGCCGCCGCUGCUGGUCCCUCGCCCAGCAGAACCGUAUCGGUCAUUUACCGCAGUCGUGUGGAUUCUGCGGACAGCGGCAUCGAAUCAGCGGUAUUACGCUCUCCGUCCAGUGUUUCGGCCCGCCUGGCGGCCGCCCAGGAGACCGCCGCCCGUCUGUCGCCCAUUGUGGCCCGCUACUGGGAUCUGACACGCGAAAAGAGCGUCCUGCUGCAGCAGGCGGCUGGCGGUAUUGCCAUCGCCCAGGCAGCGGCCUACGGCGACCAGAUUCAGGCUUUUGAUGAUUUUAUGCAGCUGGCAGUGUGCGAGGGACUGGUGCCGCACCAGCCGCAGACCACUCCGGCACGCGCCCUGAUGGCCAUCGAGAACUGCAUCACCGAUCAGGUUCGACGUCUGGGGCGUUUUGCAUCUUUCCUGCCGGGAUUCGGGAAUUUCAGUGAAGAAGAUCAGAAAACUCUCCUAAGGGAAAAGUACCUGAUAUGUAAUCUGGUUCGUACCUACCUGCAUAACCUUUUUGUAGGUAAACUCGCGGUCGGCAUUUUUUAAUGGACAAAUAAAAAUAAAAUAAGAGUGGAUCAACAUGCUGAACGUGUCCAAAUAUUUCCACAAAGGCGAACACUACUGGUACAUGGCCGGCGAAGAUAGUCUGCAUAAUUGCCGCUACUGGCUGGAAGUGCUCGGCUUCGAUCCGGACUUUAUUUCCUUCAAUGAAGCCUUCUACGUACAGGUCAACAGCAUCGGCUUGACCACCACGGAGAAGUAUUUGCUGCUGUCGGCGGCAGUAUUUUGUCCAGAGGUCACCACCGCCUCGAGUAAACUCACGAUGGAAUUCAUGUACGCGUACUACCUGGAUGCGCUGUUCUACAUGAUCGGACACCGUGUACCGCUGCAGCUGCGCUCCGGCGUGUACAGUCAAGUGGAAAGCGUCAUCCGCCUGUUCCCCACCUGCGACCGCAUCUCCAUGCAGUUUGUCGGCGAUCUGGAUGUCAGUGUCGUGCCGGUGCAGCCGCGCUCGGCGGCCUUUCGAGACUGUCUUGGGCCCGCGGAUUAUAACGGUGCGGAUAAAGAAUCUCCUGUGCACUGGCCCUUUUUGGCGUAUUAUUAGCCCUGUGAUGGUUUAGCUGCAUUUUAAAUUGUUGUAGCCUCAGCUGACCGAAUGUUUUCCCUCUUUUAAAUUGUUUUUUUAACUUUAAAAUUUUUCUUUUUAUUGUUCCACUUUUUUUUAUCGAUUGCGAUAUGCCAGGAACGCCCGGGUC